CCAUAUUUCACGAUAAGCCGAGUGUUCAUGUAUUUUGUUGUAUUUAUUUGUGGGACAAAUUUUUGUAAACGGAAUAUGGCUGUUGAAUUAAUUUUCGGAAUGAAGUAGUGUGUAAUUGUGAACAGCGGUAAGGUCCUAUACUGUGCCGGAAGUGCUUUGAACAAUUUGUCAUGCCGUUUAAAUAAAGAGAUCUCAAAGAAUUGGCCCAUUAGUGUCCUUGGAUGCUUUGGAUUGCUCGACUUUGGGAGCAUUCAGUAGGAUAUGACGUCAUAUGACAGCUAGAUUGACAAGUCAGAUAUGACGACAUACGAGUACGGGGAAUAUUUAGAAAACAAAGUGCGAUAUAAAGUGCUGGACUAUGUACAGGAUGUUACAGACUUUAAAUUUGUCAGGUGAAAUGUAGGAAGUGGCAAAACUUGUUGUGGAAGUUUUGAGACACUGAAUUGACUUAUUGCGUUACGAAAUGGUGGUCAGCUUGUGUUUGUGCACAGUUCCUUGCAAGUAGUUUCAUCCUUUUCCCUUGUAAACGACAAAGGGAAACUGUUGAAUUUAGAAUGAUAUAAAUGCCGUGUGACGAUAUUCAGAGUAAACUGAUGGCUGGAAGAAAUGAAUACGGUUAUAUGCCAUCGGUUGGAAUUGAACAUAUGGAUGAAACAACAAGUGCACUGAGAUUGAGAGUUAUAGCAGGUCAUGAACUAGCAAAGAAAGAUAUAUUUGGAGCCAGUGAUCCUUAUGUAAGGAUAGACCUCAAUACAAUUAAUGGAGAUGUAACUGUUGAUUCAGUUCUCACAAAAACGAAGAAAAAGACCCUGAACCCUGAGUGGGAUGAAGAGUUUAUAUUUCGCGUGAAACCAACAGAACAUAAACUUGUAUUACAAGUUUUCGAUGAGAACCGGCUGACUCGUGAUGAUUUCUUGGGAAUGGUGGAGUUAAAUCUUCUUAAUCUACCUAAGGAGCAAGAAGGAAGAACUAUACCAUCCAAGCAGUAUAUUCUCCGUCCUCGCAGUGCGAGAUCUCGAGUGAAAGGUCACCUGGAGUUGUACCAUGCUUUUAUAAGAGAGCCACUAGGAGGAGGAGAGGUAAUGAGGCCUGGCGAAGAUGUUCUGAGAUCACGACAGGAGUCAGAUCCUGACUGGGAGAUUGUUGAUGAGCCCGUCAUGCCAAAUGUGGAGUCUGCUGCUCAGAACCAGGAGCAGUUGCCACCUCUGCCACAUGGGUGGGAAGAGCGACAGGAUGCUAAUGGCCGCACAUACUAUGUGAACCAUAUUGCCCGUUCUACUCAGUGGGAAAGGCCUUCCUUUAACAAUGGUGGAACUUACAAUGAUCAAGUCCGCGAGCGUAGUCUAGAAUCUGCAGUUACAGAAUUUCAGAGACGGUUCCACAUUAGUGUAGAUGACAUUGAAGCUAAUAGAAGAGAAAGUAACUCAGCAGGUCAUCAGGAACACAUCAUCAAUGGAAGUGAUGAAGAUUAUGAAUUUCUGGGGGGAGAAACUAGAGAGGCUGCUGAUAUCACAGACAGUACUGCUCAGUCCCAGCAUGAAGCAGAAACUCUGUCUACACCUGAGUCCCGAGUACCGAAUUCAUUGGAUGUGAAUUCUGAAGGACUGCCUCAGGGAUGGACAAUGCAAGUAGCACCCAAUGGUCGUGUUUUUUUCAUUGAUCACAACGAAAGGGCUACAACAUGGGUAGAUCCUCGCACAGGACGUGCCAGCCCCAUGCCAAACCAAAACCAUCCACCUAAUCGACGCCCUGAAGAUGAAUUAGGGACUCUGCCGGAGGGAUGGGAAGAACGGGUUCAUACAGAUGGAAGAAUAUUUUUUAUCGAUCAUAAUACCAGAACAACUCAGUGGGAGGAUCCAAGAUUGUCAAACCCACAGAUUGCUGGUCCAGCAGUGCCAUACUCCCGUGACUACAAGAGGAAGUAUGAAUAUUUGAAAUCUCAGUUAAGGAAACCAAACAAUGUACCAAAUAAGUUUGAGAUCAAGGUAAGAAGACAAAGUAUUCUGGAAGAUUCAUACCGAAUCAUCAGUAGUGUGAACCGAACGGAGCUCUUGAAAACCAAGUUAUGGGUCGAGUUUGAAGGUGAAGUGGGCUUGGACUAUGGUGGAUUGGCUCGUGAGUGGUUCUUUCUGCUGUCCAAGGAGAUGUUCAAUCCAUACUAUGGUUUAUUUGAAUACUCUGCUAUGGAUAACUACACCCUUCAGAUUAAUCCAUUCUCCGGGUUGUGCAAUGAAGAACACCUCAAUUAUUUCAAGUUUAUUGGUCGGAUUGCUGGGAUGGCUGUUUAUCAUGGUAAACUGCUGGAUGCUUUUUUCAUCCGUCCCUUUUACAAGAUGAUGUUGGGCAAGCCAAUUGAUUUAAAAGAUAUGGAAAGUGUUGAUUCAGAAUACUACAAUUCUUUACUCUGGAUCAAGGAGAAUGAUCCUUCCGAACUUGAACUUACUUUCUGUUUGGAUGAAGAGAGUUUUGGUCACUUUUCACAGCGGGAACUGAAACCAGAUGGUGCAAACAUUCCUCUUACAAAUGAGAAUAAGGACGAAUAUAUAAGCUUGGUUAUCCAGUGGCGGUUUGUUUCACGAGUACAAGAUCAGAUGAAUGCAUUUCUUGAUGGUUUUAAUGGCCUGGUACCCCUUAACUGCGUCAAGAUAUUUGAUGAACAUGAGCUUGAACUACUGAUGUGUGGCAUACAGAAUAUUGAUGUUAAAGACUGGAAGCAGAAUACACUGUAUAAAGGAGACUAUCAUCCCAAUCACAUCACUGUGCAGUGGUUUUGGAGGGUUGUCCUGUCAUUUAAUAAUGAGAUGCGAGCAAGACUCCUGCAGUUUGUAACAGGAACUUCUCGUGUUCCUAUGAAUGGUUUUAAAGAACUAUAUGGUAGCAAUGGUCCGCAGCUGUUUACCAUAGAGAAAUGGGGUCUGCCAGAAAAUUAUCCACGUGCCCAUACGUGCUUCAAUAGGUUGGACUUGCCUCCUUAUGAAAGUUACCAGCAACUACGUGAUAAGCUCGUCAAAGCUAUUGAAGGAUCACAAGGAUUUGCUGGAGUAGACUAACUGUCGUGUGCAGUCGUGUGACAAUCAGACUCUUUCAUCAACUGUACUAUAUUGUACAUACUGAGACUUUUUUAAAUUUAACUUUAAAAAUAUGCUUCGACUGUUCAUAGGUGUAUCAAAUUAUAUAUGCAGAUUUGUACAAAAUUCCUCACUGUUAUUUUAAAAUCGCCAUUAUAAAGAACAGUGAAUUUGGUUAGUGCUCAUUGUUUGUAAAUAUGUUGAGUUUGAUUCUGCAUGUGAGUGCUUAAUAUUGUAUAUAUAAUGUGCAAUAUGAAAAUAUUUGUGUGUUUUCCUUCAUGUGAUUAUUCAGUGAAUAAUUACAAAUACAGCUUUACUUUAAUUGUAUGUAGAUACCAUAGAAGGGGAUUGGCAACUGACUGCACUUGCACCAAGACCAGUAAUGAUUUGUUGUGCAUCCCCAUUACUUAUUCCUUUGGCAACUUCUCCUGGUAUACAUUACACUAGUUUGAUUCUGAGCCGUAGAAACCAAAUUGUCCAUUUUAGAUCAGGUAGCUCCCAUUUUUAAAAUUAGCUAUUGAAGAGAUGUCACUUACAAAGAUGACAGAGCAGUUUGCUCCCCCUUUAUACAUUUUGAUACAAAUAAUUUUGAUAAUGUACUAUAAUCAUGUGCCAUUUGGCAUGUUGAUUUAGAUUUGUACGUAAUGUGAGAACAGGUUUGUAACUAUAUGAAAAUGUUAUACACUUGAGAAACUAAACUAAUAAGCAAAACAUACUGCUUAACUUUUUCGAAACAUUCUUAUAUUUAUGUGUUCAUUUGAUGAAUUAAGACAUGGUGAUCUCACAUUGGAAUUAUUGUUUGUCAUUGCCUUAUAUCCAUUAUCUAAUAUCUUACGGAACUGAACAUUUAUGAAUGUAUUUCAACAAACCAUUCUUAUUACUUCAAGGUCCUAUGAUCUCCUGAAUGCAAUAUGUGGGAGUCUUUUUUGCAUUAGUCAUUACAGCUAUAGUAUCUGUUCUGAUUGGGAAUACUUCAGAAAAAUUCCCCUGAUGCUCAUUGUUUAUGUAACUAUUAGUAAUGCAGUCAGAAAAUUAUAUUGUAAUAUUAUAAAUCAGAUUAAGUUGUGUUAUUUGUAUGGUAUUUCUCAAGCUAUUCAUAUUAUAAUUUUUAAGUUAUGUUGAAAUUGUAAUAUGAAUAAUUGGAAAUGGUUUUACACCAGGGAGCUUUCUUAUUUUAAGUAAAUAUUAUGUAUUUAAUUUAUAACUGGUUAUUUUCUGUAUCCUGUAAUUUUAAUUUUGUAUGCCUUGUGAGGGUUGUUUUAUUGAUAUCGCCAAAGUCAUUCCAUUAUCUUAGAACAAGAACAGAAAUACACUGUAUCCAUUGAGGUAGGGUUUAUUAUUUUUCCCUGUGCAGUUUGGUGGUAUGUUAAUGGCUCAGAUGAAUUAUGUUUGUCAUUGCAGAAUUAUACUGAUUUUGUCAUGAAACUCUGAAGUAAUUAUUUUCUAUCAGUACUUUUCGUAAAUAAUAAUGUAUCUGACUUUUACUUGACAAAAAAAGAAGUCCUUUUAUGCAACCAUAACGCCAGUAUUAUAAGACCAACAAAUCUAAAGUCUGCUUUUGUUUUCGAAGUUGGGGAAUCUGGCCCCUCCCUUCAUUGAUAAGGAAGUGCCAGUGUUGUUAGGGUAAGUUGAGUUCUCAGAUCGUACUUGACAUUGGAUGCUUUUACUGUGCACUGCAAAAUAAUUAUACCCACUGCCUUCUGAUUGCAAAUCAUAUAGUGAUUGGUAGAGCACGAACGUCUAGCUGAUGAAAUGUAUUUGUAUGUAUUGUGUUCAUAUUAAUACCAUCUUUGGUAGCAGUCAUUUCAUCACGUUAGUUCAACAACAGAAUAAACUAUGGGAUGAAGGAAGUGGAAGUAACUAAGUGGAGGGUGGCUUGGCAGGUGUGGAAGUGGAAGUAACUAAGUGGAGGGUGGCUUGGCAGGUGUGCAAGUGGAAUCUCCACUCUGUAAGUAAUGUAUUUUCAGAGGGUUUAGAUUUAUUGGUUGUUAUAAAAUGGCAUUUAGAGGAUGUAUACUCUGCAAAAUGAAGUAUGAGAUAUUUCAGUUUCAUUUUAAUUAAUAUUCAAUCUUUUUUUCAAAUUAAAGUGAUUUACAGAGUUAAUACAAAUGUAUAUCAGCAUGAUGCUCUAUGGCCAUAAUAGUAUGUGGCGUGCAUUAUGUGAAGACUAAGUUACCAAAAAACAUGAACACGCACACAAAAGUGGAUACAGCAAAGGAAAAAGAAAAUAAAUGGAUAGAUCCAAGGAAACCAUGCACAUCUAUUUUCUCACAGUAACACUGAUUGGACAGUUCAUAUCUGUUUAAAAUAUAUGCACUUUUAAACCAGUCUUGUCACUUUGAUUUGUAGGAAUGUAAAGUUCAUUGCUUCCCAUCAUAGCUAUUGGAAAAUAUACAUUUUAUCUUCAA